AUGAGUGAGUAUGAAGAACUUGAUAAUGUUCAAUUUAUCAGACUACUACCACAGGCAACCAGACCCACUCGAGCAACUGAUGGAGCUAUUGGUUAUGAUUUAACAUCAAUAGCCAUGUAUAUAAUCCCAGCUCAAGGAAGAAUGCUAAUCUCCACCGGCAUAGCCAUGGAAAUACCUUACGGACUUUAUGGAAGACUUGCCCCUAGAUCUGGACUUGCUCUAAUACAUGGAAUAGAUGUUGGAGCAGGAGUCAUUGACCCUGACUACAGAGGGGAAGUUAAAGUACUCCUUUUUAAUCAUAAUCAGGAGGAAUUCAUAGUUCGUGCUGGAGACAGAAUCGCUCAGAUCUUAUCAGUAACGGAAUAA